AUGUUCUCUCCCAGCCAGCCGGUAACAACCGGGAUCAUAUGGAGCCUGUGUUGGCUUGUAGAAGACAUGAUGGUGACGGUCUGCUGGGCCGGGAAAAAUCUCGAGGACCUGAUCAAGACCGUCAAGUUCGUCGAACUGGCUUCUUCCCACAUGCUGGCCCUCACGCACCUCGCCAUCUGCGUCAACCUGGCCCUUAUUGUCUCGUCCCACCGGACGCUCAAGCGUGUCCAGAGCGUCAGCUCGCCGGGACUCCUGACGCUGAUGCUGGCCAUCUCCAUGGGGAUGACGGCAGCCACGGUACCCUUAUGGGAGACCGUGAUCGUGGUCGGGACCAGCUUCUGGAUCGUCAACUCCGACCAGGGGAAGUACGAUGCUGUGGUGGUCUCCAUCUUCUUCCUCGAGUUCAUCGUCGGGCUCUGCAUGUUCGUCAUCGUGGCGUGGCUCCUGCUGUUCCGCCUGAAGGAGGUCAAAGAGUGCUGGAGGAUCCACGCAAGGAUCCGCUACUACCUCUGCCUGACUGUUCUAGGCACGGGCAUCAGUCUUAGCAUCGGAAUCUGCAGCACCGUCUUCGUCUUGGGCGGGUUGAAGCAGACCCGGCUGGCGAUCUGGGCCUGGGUCUUCCGAUACAUUCACAUCGCGCUCGAUACGUUCGUGCUUUACGGCGUUCUCCGUGAGAAGGACAUGGAUGAGCGCGUUGGAAACGCUCGGCCGUCCGACAUAAACAGCAACAGCACCGUCGGUGUCCCGCCUCCCUCGACCCUGCACGGUGGACAUGUCAAGGACGACCGUGGGUCAGGCGGUCAUUACAUGGCGACCAAUCCUACCUUUACCCCGACCCCUGUCUAGACUUCGGAAGAAGAGGACUAGGGAAAAAACUUGUGCACUGUGCACUUUUCCUCCCCAUACAGAACAAAUACGGAUACUUGUGUGUAAUCUUCCCCGAUAUAUACAACGGAGGGGAAUUGGUAAUGCUUUUUGCCUUGUGCAUUCACCUGUCAAGCACAUUCGUGCGGACUUGUCCAGUCUCGAGUUGUUUGGGUGGUUUGUUACGCCAUGCGCCUAGGAGCUGCUGGGGGCUGGUGGUUGACCCGCAACGUAAUCUAUGCCGACGGCGGCCGCUCUGUCUUCUGUGUAAGCACGACGUACGUACGUAGAAUCUCGUGAGCUUUCUCGACGUUCCGUUAGGUUGAGUGUUGUACGCGUGUUGUCAGCGAAUGAAUAUGAUUAGUGUAGGGGUAGCGACCGCGCUUAAAACCUCUGCCAAGAGUUUUGCCCGAGGGUGGGGUUGUUACUGUAGCCCUGGGGUCAUGCUACGAAUCCCCACUACAUAUGUAUGUUUUAGUGUGUGGUGUUCUUAACCGAGGUCACAAAUGGCGCUCAAGUUCCAAGAAUUUGUAUGAGUUUUUUCCAGCUAUAUCAAUUUC